AUGGCUCCUCUCAAUGUUUGUAUGGUCGGUACUGGCGAGUACACGACAGGUUUCGUUGGUGGCGGUGCUUCUGGCUCAGACAAGAAGGUCGGUGUCGUUGGCUUGACCCUCUUCGACCUGAGGCGACGCGGCAAGGUUGGCAAUCUGAGCAUGGUGGGAACUUCGGGAAACAAGUUCCCUGGAAUUCGUGAGCAUUUGAACAAGAACAUCUCUCAGGUCUACAACGGCCUCGACACUUCUUUCGAGUCUUUCCCAGCCAACGACCAACGCGACCCUGAAGCCUACAAGAAGGCUAUCGACGCUCUCGCACCUGGCGAUGCUAUCACCAUCUUUACGCCUGAUCCGACUCAUUUCCCCAUUGCGAUGUACGCUAUCGAGAGAGGUAUCCACGUCAUGAUCACCAAGCCUGCUGUCAAGCUUCUCUCCGAGCAUCAACAACUGCUCGAGGCCAGCAAGAAGCAUGGCGUCUUUGUCUACAUCGAGCACCACAAGAGAUUCGACCCUGCCUACGCAGAUGCUCGUCACCGCGCACUGAAGACCCUGGGAGAGUUUAACUACUUCUACAGCUACAUGUCGCAACCCAAGUCACAGCUUGAGACAUUCAAAAGCUGGGCAGGCAAGGAAUCUGAUAUUUCCUACUACCUCAACUCUCACCAUAUUGAUGUCAACGAGAGCAUGGUCCCCGACUACAAGCCAAUCAAGGUUACCGGCAGCGCCAGCACCGGUAUUGCUACAGGUCUUGGCUGUGUCAAGGAGACCGAAGACACAAUCACGCUUGUCGUUGAUUGGGAGAAGAAAGAUGGCAGCGGAAGACGUGCAACAGGUGUCUACACUGCCAGUUGGACAGCGCCACAGAAAGCAGGUGUGCACAGCAACCAAUACUUCCAUUACAUGGCUUCGAACGGCGAGGUUCGUGUCAACCAAGCCAAGAGAGGCUACGACGUGACUGAGGACGAGACUGGUUUGACUUGGUACAACCCCUUCUACAUGAAGUAUGCUCCCGAUGAGUCAGGCGACUUUGCUGGCCAAGGAGGUUAUGGCUACGUCUCAUUCGAGAAGUUCGUCGAUGCCAUCACCGCACUCAAAGACGGCAAAGCGUCGCUAGACGACCUUGACAAGCGUGGUCUCCCAACAUUGAAGAACACUAUCGCCACAGGGGCUAUUCUUGAAGCUGGCAGAAGGAGUCUGGACGAGAACAGAUCUAUCCAGAUCAUCGAGAAGGAUGGCAAGUGGGAGCUGAAGUAG